AUGAUUUACGAUACAAUUAUAUCACCAGGUUUAGGUAUUGGUAAUGAUAUAAAAUUAGGUUCAUCAUUAUAUAACGUAGUCAACAACUUAGAUAAAUUUAAAUAUAAAAUCAAGAUUUUAUAUUCAAAUAAAGAAUAUUAUGAUAAUCCUAUAAUUAUCCAAUUGUUAGAUUUAAACAUUAGAUUAACUUUCAAAAAUCAAUGCCUAGAUUUAAUUGAACUACUCAAUCUCAGUAAUAAUCAAUCCAGAAAGUUAUUAAGAUUGAAUUUCAAUAAUCAAAUUUUGAAUGAAAUUGAAGGAUCAAAUUCUGAAGUUACGUCAUGUUCUAGUUCAACUAUGUCUGAAUCAAGUUUAACUACUUCUGGAUCAACCUUCAAUACACUAAUAUCAAACUCACCUGCUUUUCAAACUAUAUAUAAUAAAGUUUUUGGACCUACUUAUCCUGGAAUAUUAAAGAAUCAAUUUUAUAUACUACUGUAUAAUGGAAUUUCAUUUAAGUUUGAAAUUUUAAAUACAGGCUUAUUGGAAUGCUUGAAAUCAAUAGAUGACGGUCAAAUUUUAAGUAAAUUGUUGAAUUGGGAUAAUCCAGAAGAUAUAAUUUGUGAUUCAAUUGCAAUAUUCAAAGGCGAUUCAUGGAAAGACUACAAACAAAAGCCUAAACCAAAAGAUUUUAAUAGAUUAAGUAUUGAUCUAGAUAAAGGUAUUAUUAAAUUGAGUGAGGAAGAGAUAGUCAUUGGUAGUUCAACACAACAAGAAAUUUUAAAUUUAUUAGGUCCACCCGAUGAAUUAUUCAACAAAACAGAUUCUAAAUUCCUAAUUCAUAAUCAAUUAGAUACUAAAUCCUCAUUCCAUAAUUAUUUCCGCUUAGGAAUUGAUAUAUUAUACGAUGUGAAACAAAGUUCAUACUACGAUCAAAAUAAUUUACACUCAGUAGUUAAGAAAGUAAUUUUACAUAACGGUGGAGUAGCUGAAUGUUUAAACUUUAUGAAAUGGAAUAAAUGCAAUUGGACAAUUCAAGUAGAUAAAUCAACGAAAAUCACUUCAGAAAUGUAUUUUAAUGAUCUUCCUACAAGUUUUAAAACUUUGACUCCUGUGUUAUUAAAUCGUUAUGAAUCUGAAUUUAUAGAUCAUGAUUUAGAUAUAAUUGAGUCUCCAAAUAUUAAUAAAAGGAUUCUGGAUUGUAAAGUUAAAACAUGGGGUCAGUCUAAAUUAUAUGGUUUUAAUCGUUGUAUUUUGGAGGUUUUAAAUUCUAAUGGGUGUAUUUCUUCGGUUACUAUAUAUUAA